AUGGCAGCAGACGAGCAGAAGAACAUCGUAAUCAUUGGCGGUGGUAUUAUUGGUGCCACUUCUGCCUAUUUUUUGACGCAUCAUCCUUCAUACAAUCCAGAGAAACACAAGGUUGUUCUUCUGGAGGCGACAAAAAUCGCUGGAGGCGCAAGUGGCAAAGCUGGAGGACUUCUUGCACUAUGGGCCUACCCUUCGUCUAUCGUACCACUCUCAUAUAAGUUGCAUAAGCAACUAGCCGAACAAUAUGGCGGUGAUGAGCGUUGGGGCUACAGACAGGUUCAUUGUGGCUCGGUAGACUGCAAAGGCCGUCAGCUUAGUGCGAAGGAUUCCGUAAAGGGAAAAGACAACGAGAUGGAUGGAUCCGCCGACCGAGAAAAGAACAGUGUUAGUCUGGAGAAGAACCCUCCAAAGGUCUCGGCAAAGAUGGCAGCCAGAGGCAUACCAAAAGACCUUGACUGGAUUCACCCCGACUGCUUGAAAAUGUACGAUGAGAUGGGAGAUCCCUCAACCACUGCUCAAGUCCACCCCUAUCAGUUCACAACUUCCAUGGCCGACUUGGCCGCCGAGAAGGGUGCUGAUAUCCGCGUUGGCGCCGCUGUCAAGAGUAUCAACCGUAGCAAGGAUGGUAAGAGCGUGGAGAGCGUCACUUACGAGGACAAAAACGACAACAAUAAGGAAGUCACCGUUUCAGCAACGGACGUGAUCAUCUCUGCCGGCCCAUGGACAAGAGAGGUCUACCCUGACGCCCCCAUCUCGGCUACUCGAGCCCAUUCUGUUACAAUUCGACCAACUCGAGAAAUAAGCGCGUACGCCUUGUUCACUGAGAUCAAAUUGCCAGCUGGCUUUGGAGCAGAGAAAGGUAAAAGAUCGCGGGGCGAGCAGCAUGUUUCGCCAGAGAUCUACACGAGACCGAAGAACGAAGUUUAUGCUUGUGGUGAGGGAGAUCAUAUGGUUCCUCUUCCCAAAUCGUCUGAUCUUGUCGAGGUCGACGAGCAGAGAUGUCAGGACAUUGUGAAUUACGUCAGCAGCAUCAGUGAUGAGCUGCGAGAUGGAGAGGUCACGGCACGACAGGCAUGUUACCUCCCGAACGUCCAAGGAGGCAAUGGUCCCCUGAUCGGACACACUGGAGUAAAAGGCUUGCUGAUAGCAGCCGGCCACACUUGCUGGGGCAUUCAAAACGGUCCUGGCACUGGCAAGUUGAUAUCUGAGUUCGUCUUUGACGGUGCUGCAAAAUCUGCUAAGAUUUCGAGUUUGGAUCCUCGCAUGAUCAUGUAG